UGCGGCACGCUUUUGUUCAAAAAGUGGCUGCUGCACAGAGGUGCGCUGCCACAUCUCACUACCCACAGUCUGUUGUUCUUAGCGACAGAAUGGCUUCUCCCAGACACAUCCAACCCCGCAUCUUCAACUUCCUGGUUUGGAUGUCAAAUUAGUUUUUGUCUUUUUACAGUUCUUCAAGCAGGCAAGUGGAGACCUGGAAACUGGUGAAGGAUUUCCCCCCCCCUGAAUCAUUUCUCUGGAUUGUAAAACUGCCGCCGUGUAUGGUUCCCAGACACUCACCAUGUUUUCUGACAGAGGGGAGACAGCGAUCUAAUGCUUCCCUUCAUCCUCCUCCUCCUCCUCCUCACCGGACAUCUACGGGAGAGGGUGUCCCGUCUGCUCUCACGCAGCUCCUGGAGUUUACUCGCGUGAAAAACUCAACCUGGAGAUAACAGAGAGAAAAGCACUUAAAGACCCACGAAAGCUCUUUUGAAUGCCUUUGCAAGGACUUUGUUGGUUUCUGUGCUGCAGGCAGGGCUUCAGUUUGCUCGGACGCGACUAUGGGGAGAAAGAGGAGGAAGAGUCUUUCGAAUUGCGCAACAAGGAGGACUUGACUCCCAAUGGACGGAGUCCAGCUGAUGUGACUGUUUCUCAACCAACUCAUACGGCCAACGGAACAAAUGGGCACACCGUGUCAGAGGCGUCUGAAGAGAUGAAGAGCCUGAUCAUUGACAAGAAUAAGAUGGGCCUGGAGGAAGAGCCUGAGCUGCUGGUCAAAGGGUGGCUGCUGAGGGAGGUGCGAGGAAACUGGAUUAAGCAGCGUCGCUACUGGUUUGUGCUGAGCCAGGACUCACUCGACUACUACACCGGCCCAGAGAAAGGAGCCCGCAGACUGGGAACGCUGGUCCUCACCAACCUCUGCUCCGUCAUCUGGCCCGACAAGCAGACUUACAAGGAAACAGGCUACUGGAGCAUCACAGUAUAUGGGCGGAAGCACUGCUACAGGCUAUACACCAAGCAUUUCAAUGAGGCUGUGCACUGGGCAUGUGCCAUCCAGAAAAUCAUUGAUACCAAAGCACCGGUGGAAACGCCAACACAGCUCCUGAUCCGAGACAUCGAGGAGAAUAAGUUCAACCCUGAGGUUGUGGAGCACAUCUACCAGCACAACCCAAUCCUGAAGUACACCCAGGGCCCCCUGUACGCCCCUCUGCUUCCUUUCCCCUAUGGCAGCCUGGAGCACACAUACCACAGUGGGAAAGGUUACGGCUCGGUGCGUGAGGAGGCCGUGAAGCUGUUCAACUGCCUGCAGCAGCUUGAGUCGGCACGGGAGCCGGUCCCUAUUAUCCAGGGCGUGCUGCAGACCUGCCUGGACCUGCGGACGCUCCGGGACGAGGUCUACUGCCAGUUAGUGAAGCAAACGAGCUACACGCCUGCCCCGUACACUGCCGCACACCUCCGCUACUGGCAGCUCCUCACCUGCAUGAGCUGCACCUUCCUGCCCGGGCCCACUGUGCUCAAGUAUCUGCGGUUCCACCUCAAGAGGAUUCAGAGCCAAAGUCCUGAGUCUGAGAUGGAUAAUUACGCGUCAUUCAUCAGCGAGGCUCUGGAGAAGACCAAGUGUCGGGAGUGUGUGCCAUCCUGGGAGGAGAUCCAAAUGCUGAUGAGCAGACAGGAGAUGCUGUGCACUGUGCACUAUCCUGGCCCGGGGUCCUGCCAGCUCUACAUCAGCUCACACACCACUGCCAAUGAGGUGGUUCGAAGGAUGCAGGAGAAGCUCGGCCUGCAAGAGAGCAAAAACACAUUUGCACUGUAUGAGCAGAAUGCACUGUGGGAGCAGCCGGUUGCAGGCGGUGCUCUGAUCGCAGACAUCCUGACCAGCUUCUUCACCAAAGAGUCAGAGUCGAAGUCCCAGUGGAAGCUGUGUUUCAAGCUCUACUGCCUGUUGGAUGCUGACAGCAUAUCGGUGGACAGCAUCGAGUAUCUCUUCCUCUAUGAGCAGUGCCAUGAGAUGGUCGUGCGCGGCCAGCUGCCAGCCUGUGAGGAGGACCUGCAGGCCUUAGCGGCCCUGAGGCUCCAGUGUCUGAUGGGUGACUUCAGCACGCACGCUCCCUGCCCACCUCUGGACGAGCUCUUCCCAGGUGACAUGCUGGAAGCUCGCGUCCUCAUGUCCCUCUCUGCCCCGCAAGCCCUGCCACCUUGUCUGGUGGCAGCUCAGGGCUGCCCGACGACGCAGCGCUUCCCCACAGGCCUCCUGGCGGGGACGCUGUGGAGCCACACGGCCACGGCAGCGCACAAACAGAAGGUGGAGCUGGACAUGCGUCUGCGGAGCCGGCUGAAGGAGGAGGCGGCGGCCGUCAUGGGGUCCAUCUUGGAGCGUUGGAAAGGUCUGGUCAGCUACACCUGCAGAGACAGUAUGGCCGCCUACCUCACAAUUGCACGCCAGUGGUCGGGCUUUGGAUGCACUCUGUAUGAAGUGGACUUUUAUAUUAGUUCGACAGGGAGUUUUUCCCAGAAGCUGUGGCUGGGCGUUGCUGCUUCGUCCGUGUCUCUGUACCGGCAAGGAGAAGCAGAGGCCCUGGAGUCCUUCCCUUAUGGCCAGAUCUGCUCUUACGGUGUAUCUGACAGCAACACCUUCAAGAUCACAGCCGGGGAUCGGGAUCUGCUAUUUGAAACCACCAAGCUGACUGAGAUCAUGCAGCUGAUGAACGCAUAUUUCAGUGCCAUCCGUCGCCAGCGAGGGAAAGGGGAGGAUGCGGACAUCACCAUAGCAGAAAGCACGGAGGUGGGCUUCCAUCACCUGGCCUCGAUGCAGACGCCCACCCUCCUGGAGCUGCCCUCACACCCCGUCUGAGAGGGACCCACACAAACCCCACCCCACCCCCAACUCCCCCUGUCUUCCUCCACGUGGCCCCCUAGGAGGCCCAGACCUGGUCCUCAGGACCCCGCGCCUCCUCCGCUGGGAACAGCACGGCAGCCAAAACAAAGAGAGGGCUGUUUUCGCUCCCCAUCCAUGAAAAUAAACCCUUGCUGAGCUUUCCAGCUGAAGUAGCGGGCCAAUGGAGGAGGGAGGGUGAACGAACGGCAAAGGACGAGAAGGCGAGGGGGGUUGUGUUUUGUGAGCGAGGCCUAGAAAACCCCAAGAAACGAGUGCGGUUGCUGAUGAGGUGUCACACGUACCCCCCCCCCUCACUCACACACACCCCAUCCUGUCACACAACCACCUCUGUUAACCUACAUGGCAACAACCCCCUCCCCUAGCCCAACCUCACCCCCUCAACAAUGUGAGACACUGGUUGCCAAGUCGGGGAGAUAGCGUGAGUUGUGGCAACAAUAAGCUGUGGUGAAGGCUCAGAGUGCAAAUACUUUCUCACCCUCGAAGUGUGCCAUAUUUGUGUUAACUUUCCUAGAAGGCAGUUGCCUCCCGUGCGCUGCUGAACUAGUGUUGCGAACGUUCAGUGCAAACCCUCCCGUCUCUGGCUCUCACUCCCUCACCCACACAGACUCACUUUCUCACGUGCCCCUACGCCAACAUGUUCAUCAGAGACAGUUAGUUUUCAUAAGAUCCCAGCCGGGCUUGCGUUACCUGGAACUGUUGAUGCGGUGAGCCAUGUGAACUUGGAACUAGAAACAGAUGUUGAACUCUGUAGCCAAGUCAUUUUGGCUGCCAGAUCCAUAUAGAGACUCACCGAUGAGAUUUUCAGUUGUGAGUGUAUUUGAUUAAGAAACUUCUUCCCUGGACGACGCGUUCAGGAUCUGGGAUAGUUGAUUCACAGAAACCAAAGGAUUUUGGAGCUGUUUGUUUGUUUGUUUUUUUGUUUCCACCAAAUGCUCUGAUGUGUCCUUUUUUCGUGCUGCUCGUCUUGGCUGUAAUCCUGGACACCAAACUUGGUAAACACUUGACUGAUUGGAUCAAUUUUAGCUUGUGUCAGUAACUAUUCUAAUGCAGCUCUGCUCUGCUGACAAAAACAGGUGCUUCACUGUUUAUUAUUGUUAUUUUCACAAUGUAUAAAUCAUCGAAGACAUUGAACCCAGACCACACAGGAAGGCCCCAGUCAGAGCUGUGGAUCAUUUCAUAUUUAUCAUACAGUGCCCCCAUCUGUCCCCUGCUAUUUAAACAGAAACCUUCUAAUCAGGCCAUAGGUGCUUUUGUAGUAUUAUUUGUGCUUUUUUUCCCCCUUUUUUUUUUUUUUUUACUGUGUUUUAUGUCUUAAAUGCAAACCCAGGUGCAUUUUGAGAUUGGGUUUGCUUUAACUGAUCAGAGCCAUGAAUGCUCCUUAUGAUCAGAUGUGUAACUCCUGUGUAGCUCCUUUGUGUUCACUGUUGUAGUAUUUUUGUUUCACUGAGGCAUGAGUUGGAGCAUGGACCAAAGAUAUUUUUAAUAAGCUUUUAUAACAUUUAAUAAUCCCAAGGCAGAAAAAUCCCCCUUCGAUUAAUUCGUUUUUUACACCUGAAUAACUUAAAAUAUUAAACCCCUCUGUUGUAUACACCUUUAUAUUACUGUAGAGACCCGUUUAGGAAUCUUGAGAAUAAUUGGCUUUGUAAAGAUGAUUUUACAGGAUGCGAUAAAUGCGAUAACCAGCGUCAAAACUAAAAGUGUUCUCAACAUGGACGACCUUGAUGAGUCAUAGCCCUAUCUCCUGCCCAGAAGCAGGUCUUUGCUUCUUUUUUACUGCAGCUGCAGGCAGCUCUGAGCUACAUGUUUGAAAAGAAAAAAAAAAAGAAAAAUCAAACUGCGGAUGUUGUUGCUUUAUAUUACGCUUGUUUGUACGCCACACGGUACCUUUUUAUGUAAUGUGUGUAUAGUUAAUUGCACUAUUGUUUGUUUUAACCAACUUGGAAGUGCAAUAAAAACUAUAAAUACUGUAUGUAAUUAAUAAAAAACAGCACCA